AUGGACGCCACCUCUCCCACUCCAGUUGCCACCUACGGCCGCGACCCCAAGAUUGCUCAGUCUGUUCACGAGAAGCUUCUGCCCGACUACGAAGUGGUCCACGCCUGCUUCGACAUCGACUCCGCGCUGAGCGAGCUGCCCGCCAUCUGCGCCGGCGAGCUUGAGACGACGCCGUCGUCGGGGGUGGGGGUCAACAGCACCGAGGCCGAGGCGAGCAAGCGGCGGGCGCCCGUGGCCAUCUUCUUCGGCGGGGCGGGCAUCUCCGAGGACGAGUUCGAGCGCAUCACGGCGGCGGUGCGCGAGCGCGCUCCCGGCGUGCACUUUGUACGCGUGCAGAAGCGCGAUGUCCUGGCCGCUGGGUCCUUUGGGCCCAACCCGGACGUCAUUGCCAAGAUCUACCGCAAGAAGAUGGCUGCCCUGGCCGCUAAGGCUUGA